AUGAUUUAUUUGAAGUCUUUUUUGAAAGUCAUUGACAACUCAGGUGCUCAAAUUGCCGAAUGUAUCAAAGUACUUGGAAAAGGUUCGCCAAAAUCUCCAGGUAGAAUAGGUGACAAAAUCGUCUGUGUGGUGAAGAAGGCUAAACCAUUAACACAAACUAUUACUGGGCAAUCCAAUAACAACAGAGUGAAGAAAGGUGAUAUUGUACACGCUGUGGUGGUACGUACCAAGCAAAGAAAUAUGAUACGUCCUGAUGGAUCAACAAUUGCGUUCGGUGACAAUGCUUGUGUAUUAAUCAACAAGAAUAAUGGUGAACCUCUAGGGUCAAGAAUUAUGGGUAACGAUGGUGUUGUCGGCAGAGAACUAAGGGAAAAGGGCUACAACAAGAUUUGCUCUCUAGCAAGUAAAGUUUUGUAA